GAGAUCACCAGAGAAGAAGCAAUUUGAACGCGUUGAUUGUCGCCAUUACGAGAGAUUCAACGCAACUUUCUAUGGUUAGAUUUACGAUUAUUGCGCUAUUAUUGAAUUUUUUAAUGUUUUCCCCCCAUGUCCUUAACUAUGCCUUUCUAAUGUGAGCCUUUCCGCGCCUAGAGGCGCCAAUGCCAAGAAUGUAAUGGCUUUUCCUUUCGAUUUUGGGCGUCGUUGUUUGAGCUGCGUCGAGCUGUUUUUGACAUUAACCCCUUCCCACGCACUUCCGCGUUCCGUUUUUGCUGGGCCCCUUUUAAUUUUUAAUGACCGCCCGUCAAGUGUAGGCCUAUACAUCAGUAGCCUCAGUGGGGGUGUGUGCGCAAAUAAAUCAAAAGUGCGUCUAUCCGCGUUCGUGAUUGAAACUGUUAGGGAAAAUGGGAAACCGCACGACAAAAUAUAAGCAGCAGCGACGCUAUGUGGUCGUCAAUUGGUCCAUAAUCUGCGAGAUAGACUAUAUUGCUCAUUUGUUCCGCCGCAUCAACCGCCCAAUUUUUUCCUCCUUCUUCUUCUUCUUCUCCGGCGUUCAAUCCAGCCAAGCGGGAGACCGAAGAAGAAGAAGAAGCCAUCAAAAGAGUUAAUGAUGUCAUUGCUGGGGCUACAAAACUGGCGGGAGAGCGCGAUUGACGGCAUUCGGAUCCAACGUUGGUGGUGCUGCUGCGGUUAUGAUGGUAGUGCUAAAAAAAUGUGAGAAUCAUAACAACCAUGACUGGGAUAUUAUCUCGUCUACUCUUCUUUGGCGAGUGGAAGAAGAAGAAAGUCGGGCAUGAGGCAACAAUCCCGCGUGACGUAAAAUGUAUAGCAGCCCUUUUUUUUUAGAUCUUUCACGCUGUGCGGGAAUGAUUGAAACAUUCUGCAACAUUGAAAAUCUCAAAAAAAAGACAUGGGCGAAUUUUAGCUUUUUAAAUGCCGUGACUUGAAAACUGUCACGCUCCGUCCGGACGGCAUCAUCGUCAAAAUGGUAAUGACGUGAUUCACAUGACGACAGUUUUAUCCUCUUUUUUUGCGUGAAUGUCGCGGCCAUUAUGUGACCUCCAUUUCGAUUACAAACCGAGAGGGUUUUAUUUUGGUAUGGAGAAUGUCAUGGAGGUCUCUCAUUCGUUGCGUCACCAUCUAAACAAUGAUGAGAGUUUCCUUGUGUCAAUCUCAACAAUUCAUAAGGAGAAGAAGUCACAAAAAAGGUCUUUUUUUUAGCGUGACCGCACCCAAAAGCUAAUCUAGUCAAGGUUGAAAACUGAAGGUCCUUUUUCAUGAAGCGUUCUUUCUCGUGCACUUUAAUUCUGUACUUGUUCCUCCUUCCCGUCUCUUUUUCUUCCUUACCACUGAAUGGGCACUUAAAAUUUGCUCCAUUUCUACUCAGGAAUUAUAUUGUUGUGAUUUCUUGUGUUUCUACCUAUUAUUGCAUUAUCCUUUUUCUAAAAAUUGUGGGCGGGGCAGUUGAGUAAGAAAGUGAACAGAUUGAAAAACGAAAAGGGAAAGUACUCCCGUCGUCUAUGUAUGGCGUACAUUUAUUUUUCUUGGGGGGGAAACAAAAAUCUCUUCACUUUUACCAGCACUGACCUACUAAAAAGAAAAACAACAACCGACGAAGAAAAUGUGUGGCCUCUCUAAUUCUCUCAUUUCCAUUUGGCUUUGGAAAAAGACCAAACAUCCAUAACAUUUCGACUUCGGCAGACUAGAAUUUUCAGGUUCUUCUUAUUUAUCGGGCGAGGUUGUCGGGGGGUCCGCAUCUAUUGUGUAUCGUUACGGAGAAAACGAAUGUGAACAAAAAAAAACCGAAAGCUAUAGUACACGAUAGUAUAUAUUGUAUAGCCUAGAUAGAUAUGGCCGUAUGGGUGUGAGAGGUGGAGUGAUUGGAAUCUCAAAUUGAAACGCCUUUUCACAUCAAUUUUUUCUCUCUUUCCUUUUUCAUGCCAAAGGGGAGCAGACCAGAAAUAAUAAAAAAACCAAAAGGAAUUUCUUUCUUUCAUUUUUAAAAAAUCUAGAAUGUUCUUUUCUAUAAUAAUGCAGGAUGUAUUAUACCAUUGCACACACAAGUAUGGGGGGAGCUUGUAAAAUUUCCUUUCACUUUUAUAUCUCGGACAACUCCUUCGCCUCUGGCUGGUCUUGACGCGCCAAUUAUUGGCGCUCCCUCGUAAUCACUGAGAAUAGCAACAGAAACAAAACCAUCCGACUGCUGGCAGGGUGAAACUCUAUGGCUAUAGGGCUGUUCGACAUCUUUUUUAACAUUUGUUGCCAUCGUGGCAACGCAGCAACUCAUGUAUUUUUGUCUGCUACGAGUGACUUGUUUAUUCUGUGAAAUUUGAAAGUUUGUAUUCAGAUUAAAACAAUCACAAAAUUUUAAAUUAUCUAAUUGAUAGGUAUUCUGCAUAAUGAAUACUAAAAAAGGUUCUGUGAGUAGAUGGUGCAAAGUGUGAAAUUGCCGUAACCUGAAAAGUGCAAGUGUAAAACUGUAUAGUUUACCAAAGGAGGGUGUAAGGCGAGACUUGUGGUUGGAGAGAAUGAAUUACAUCAUCCACACCAACUUGAAAAAUAUCUAUGUGUGUUCGGAUCACUUUGUUACAGGAAAGCCGAGUGGAGAAUUCCACAAAAAACAUGUUGAUUGGGCACCCUCUAUAAAUGUGGGAUCAAAUAAGACGAAACAAUUUCUAGAUGGUGAUCAUCAAGUACGUAACAAUGUUGCUUUUGACAAGGCUGAUACACCUCCAUUGAUAGAUGUUGAAACUGCAACUGAAGAUACCUCAAACAGUUUCGAUGAAGAUGUUGCAUUAAUUGAAGAUACACUUCUAAUAAGUGAUUCUCAUCCAAUCCCAUCCUUGAACGAUGUAACAACAAGUACGGAAACUUUUGACAUGACUUCAACUGCCGAUGAUGAAACUAUCAUAACGGUUGAAACCACCUUUGAUGCAUUGCCUGCAUUAAAUAAUUCAAGUCAAUCCAUCAGGGACGUCGAAUUUACUUCCGGUGAUUCAUCACUAACAACUUCAGUUUUCGUGUUCAUCUGUUGUACCCUUACUGUAGUGUGUUUAGGUGAAUAAUUGUCAUAAUAAACCAAAAAUUUUCAAUAAAUACUUGAUGUAUUAACCUUGGUUAACAGGGGCACAAACAUA